CAGGGGCGCUGAGAACGCGGGUCCACGCGUGUGAUCGUCCGUGCGUCUAGCCCUUGCCCACGCAGCUUUCAGUCAUGGCCUCCGGUAACGCGCGCAUCGGAAAGCCAGCCCCUGACUUCAAGGCCACAGCCGUGGUUGACGGCGCCUUCAAAGAGGUGAAGCUGUCGGACUACAAAGGGAAGUACGUGGUCCUCUUUUUCUACCCUCUGGACUUCACUUUUGUGUGCCCCACGGAGAUCAUCGCGUUCAGCAACCGUGCCGAGGACUUCCGCAAGCUGGGCUGCGAAGUGCUGGGCGUCUCGGUGGACUCUCAGUUCACCCACCUGGCUUGGAUCAACACCCCCCGGAAGGAAGGAGGCUUGGGCCCCCUGAACAUCCCCCUGCUUGCUGACGUGACCAGACGCUUGUCUGAGGAUUACGGCGUGCUGAAAACAGAUGAAGGCAUUGCCUACAGGGGCCUAUUUAUCAUCGAUGGCAAGGGUGUCCUUCGCCAGAUCACUGUUAAUGAUUUGCCUGUGGGACGCUCCGUGGAUGAGGCUCUGCGGCUGGUCCAGGCCUUCCAGUACACAGACGAGCAUGGAGAAGUUUGUCCCGCUGGCUGGAAGCCUGGCAGUGACACGAUUAAGCCCAACGUGGAUGACAGCAAGGAAUAUUUCUCCAAACACAAUUAGGCUAGCCAACGGAUAGUAAGCUUGUGCCCCUACCUAGGUGCCUGUGCUGGGUGUCCACCUGUGCCCCCACCUGGGUGCCCUGUGCUGACCCAGGAAAGGCCAGACCUGCCCCUCCAAACCCUACAGUCUGGGACCCUGGAGGGCUAGGCCAAGGCCUUCUCAUGCCUCCACCUAGGAGCUGAAUAGUGACGCCCUCCCCCGAGCCCACCUAGCCGCACACAGGCCUAGAGGUGACCAAUAAAGUAUUAGGGACAGGUGU